AUGCUAGACGAUUUGGUGGUUUCACCUCAUCAUGAUUAUUAUCUACUCACUCCUGAAGGAAAGAGACAUAUUAUUCCAUGGUUUCUUUAUGGAUUAAUUUCUCCCAAUCAACCUCCUGCGAAAAAAUGUGGUAACUGCAGAUAUGGUGGCGAGCUUGCUAGGGAGUCAACAACAUCAUUAAUGAACGUUCCUCCAAGUUGUGGGAGUGUUAGAAUUUCAUUUUCUGGAAGAACCCCACACCAGGUGUCUGAGAUGUUGGUAAAGGAAUUCCGUAAACGUCCUAAGGUUUAUAUCUGGGAUGUAAAAGAUCCAAAUCCACACAUGGGACAUUUAGCAAUGGCUGAUGCUUUUCUCAUCACUGUUGAUUCAGUCAGCAUGAUAAGUGAGGCCUGCACUGUCGAAAGAGGGAUGCUGAGACCAUUCACUGGUAAAGAGAACAUAACUGAAACAUGGAUCUAUCCUCCAUUAAGAGACACAUCAGAAGCAGCUGAGCAUGUGAUAAAAGCACUUGCUGAACGUGGCUGGAAAUUGCAUCCAUAA